UAUAUAGACAUAGACGACGGUAGACGUUGUGUGAAGCUGAAGGUCUCGGGUGACACGUGCGUUUGUGUAAAGCGCGCGCUCAGGUUACCGUUAUGAUUUUUUAAAGAUUAUACAGGAGGAGCGCGAGGAGCAGCUGCACGUGCCGUUCACACCUAUCAGGAUGCCAGAAAACAGAAACAUGGAUGGUAUGAAGAAAGGAGGCUAUGGAGCUACAGUGAGCUUCCACAACAUCCAUUAUAGCGUCAGCUUCAGGUCUGGGAUUCCCUGCAAACAGAAAAAGACCCAGAAAAACAUCCUCAUCGACCUCAACGGAAUUAUGAAGCCUGGACUGAACGCCAUAUUAGGAGCCACCGGGAGCGGAAAGUCAUCUUUUUUAGAUGUACUGGCAGCAAGAAAAGAUCCAAAUGGAUUGACUGGAGAGGUGCUGAUAGAUGGAGCACCACAGCCACCCAACUUUAAAUGUCUGUCUGGAUAUGUAGUGCAGGAUGAUGUGGUGAUGGGAACACUGACAGUGAGGGAGAAUCUGCGCUUCUCAGCAGCGUUAAGGCUUCCAAAGUCCAUCAGUCAGAAAGAGAAGGAGGAGAAAGUGCAGCGACUGAUUGAAGAGCUCGGGCUGACUAAAGUAGCUGACUCACGGGUUGGCACACAGCUGAUUCGUGGAAUUUCAGGAGGUGAGAGAAAGAGGACCAACAUCGGCAUGGAGCUCAUCAUCGAUCCGUCUGUCCUCUUCCUGGAUGAGCCGACGACCGGACUGGACGCUAGCACGGCUAACUCUGUACUGUCACUGCUGAAGAGGAUGUCAAAUCACGGCCGGACCAUCAUCCUCUCAAUCCACCAGCCACGUUACUCCAUUUACCGGCUGUUUGACUCACUCACCCUGCUGGUUUCGGGCAGACAGGUUUACCACGGGCCUGCUCAGAGCGCACUGGAAUACUUCAGCGACAUCGGUUUCACCUGUGAAGCCCAUAACAACCCCGCUGACUUCUUCCUGGAUGUCAUUAAUGGAGAUUAUUCUGCAAUGUCUCAGAACAAACUAGAGGAUAAUCCAGAGCUGGAUCAAAAGCAAGACGCAUCGACCAUCGAGGAGCAUCUGGUGCAGGAGUACAAGCAGUGGUCUUAUUACAAGCAGACCAGAGAGGAGUUGGAGCAGAUCACACAGGGACAAAAUUACGACAACCGGCCCAAAUCACGCACCAUCACCUACAACACGUCCUUCUGCCACCAGUUCAAAUGGGUUCUGAAGAGGACGUUCCGCAACCUGAUGCUCAACCCACAGACCUCCUUCGCUCAGGUCGGUGUAACGGUUUUCUUAGCCUUGAUUGUUGGUGCCAUCUUUUUUGGCGUGUCGGACAAUUCAAGCGGAAUCCAGAACAGGAUGGGUGCCUUGUUCUUCAUCACUACCAACCAGUGUUUCGGCUCGCUGUCCUCCGCCGAACUCUUCAUCACAGAACGCAAACUCUUCCUACACGAGUAUGUUAGCGGUUAUUACAGAGUGUCCGUGUACUUCCUGUGCAAGAUGCUCUCAGAUAUUCUCGUACUACGCACAGUUCCAGCCAUUGUCUUCAGCUCAGUGGCCUACUGGAUGAUUGGGUUUAAAGCUGACGUUGGGCCAUUUUUUUUCUUCAUGUUCACUGUGGCCAUGACGGCGUACACGGCCACGUCCAUGGUGAUGGCCAUCUCUGCUGAUCAGAAUGUAGUGGCCAUCGCUAACAUCUACAUGACCAUCACCUUCGUCUUCAUGAUGAUUUUCUCAGGGCUGUUGGUGAAUUUACCGAGCAUCGCUGACUGGCUCAACUGGCUCAAAUACUUCAGCAUUCCACGCUAUGGCCUUACUGGUCUCCUGGUGAAUGAGUUUGUUGGGCUGAAGUUCCAUAAUCCUCCUCUGAAUCUGCAUCCUGGCUCCAACUUUACUGUAUUCCCCAACUCGACGACUGGAGAGGAAUUUCUGACGGAGCAGGGCAUCGAUUACUCCACCUGGGGCAUGUGGCAGAAUAUCGUGGCUCUGGCCUGCAUGCAAGUCAUAUUCCUGUGUAUCGCAUACCUGAAACUGCGCUUAAUUAAAAAAUUUACAUAGACACAGACGCAUACACCAUUUGGUGCUUCACUAGCUCCGCCUCCUGACUCCUCCCAAUUGUUACCAGAUUUGCCUUAUUUAUAACCAUUUCUGGAAUCAGGUUGUUUAAACGUGCCUCAUAGCUACGCAAGUUUUCCUGAUAUUUCUACAUACACACAAACUCCGCACUUUUAUUUAGAGUGUAAUCCCAGCUCAAAUCUGCCUCUGUAUCGAACAAAAACCCUGAACACUAGCCAGUCUUGGAUUGCUGUUGGGAAUUAAACAGUUUAAAAAAAAAAAAAACUAACAUUUUAUAUGAAGGAAACAUUACAGUUGUGAUUAUUGUAAUAAAUUGUUUGUUUUUUUUGCAA